GCUCGUGUCACACGCUGUUGGGAGGGACGGUUGGGAGUGCAGCCUGAAUUUCAUACUGUGAGCGGAGAUGUUCUGACGAACGUCUGUUUGGGAUUAUAUAUACAUAUGUAGACAUUUUUAUUUUUUUAUACAUAUUUUAGCUGUUUGGAGCGUCUUAGCCUCGGCGGACCGUUGGAGCGGCGGUAGCUAAGGGUGGGAGAGAGAGACAUCCGUUUUCUUUCUUGUGUUUCUAGGUUAGCCUAGCUAACCUAACCUAAGCUGAGCUAGUUCACACAUCUGCUGCUGCUGCUGGAUCCUCAGCUUCUGCUGGGCUACUUUAGUCUUUUAUUUAUUUAUUUAUUUUUCCUGGAAAUGGGCGCAGAUGACUCUUCUGAGGGGACGCUGUGUGUGUGUGAGGGAGUGGUGUGAUUUAACCGAGACUCCGCUUUCUUGAAAAAAAAUAGCUUAUUUUUUCCCCUUUAUUUUGUUUGUUUUAAUUAUUUGUUUUUACCUCUUGUUUGGAGACGCAGGGACAGAGAGAGAGAGAGAGAGGGAAGAAAAGAGAAACCAGAGACACAGUAGAAACCGUGCCUGCGGACACAAUAAUGGAAACACUGGACUGGACUUGUUUUUAUCGUUUGUCAGCAGAGAAAACGAGCCGUUCUUUCUCUCCAGGCAGAUAAAGACGACAAGAAGAAAGAGAAAGAAAGGCACAGAUUUAAAGGUUAAAGGCUGGACCCCUUCUUUUUCAUCCUUUCUCUCUUUUCCCUCUUUUCUGGCUUUUUUCAGUAUAGGGUGGUGACACAGCACUGUGUGUAUAGCUGUAUAUAUUGUAUAGUACUGGAAAUGCGGAUUGUUUGAGCGUCUACAGCUCUUUUGCAGCUUCUAAAAGGGGGGAAAGAUCCCAGACCACCUUCAUUCUUCAUACUCAAGCCUCCUGCAUGACCAGCUGGCUAGGAGCUAGUUAACUAACGUAACUGACUAGCUAACUAACCUAGCCAUCCAGCCACAGUCUGUCUAUCUGACUGUCUAAGCGAGGGCAGUGGCUGCCUCCAGCAAGAACAGUCCAGCAGCAGCAGCAGUGGGUGUGAGAUAAUAUGCAGGGGGGCAAAUGACAUCAGAUCUGCUUUGUUGGUCCAAACACACACACACACACACACACAUAUAUAUGUAUAUCGUACAUACAUAUAUAAGUAGAAGGAGUACGUAACGUGUGGUCGUCGGGAGAGAAGACAAGACAAAAAAAGAGGAGUGAAGUAAAGAAGAAGAAGAGCUCAGGGACAAUGUCUUCUCGUGCAGCCCUCCAGCCUGGGAACGACAGAAAUUCAGACCAUCAUGCCUCUCUCUCGUCCAGUCGCUCGGAGAAGGGCUCAGCCUGGUCAAACCGCUCGCUUGGAGCUCGCUGCCGAAACUCCAUCGCCUCCUGCUCAGAUGAGCAUCCGCACAUCGGGAACUACCGGUUGCUCAAAACCAUCGGCAAGGGUAACUUCGCCAAGGUCAAGCUGGCACGCCACAUCCUGACUGGCAGAGAGGUUGCAAUAAAGAUUAUUGACAAAACCCAACUCAACCCAACCAGCCUACAAAAGCUCUUUCGAGAGGUACGGAUAAUGAAGGGCCUCAACCACCCGAAUAUAGUCCAGCUCUUUGAGGUGAUUGAAACCGAGAAGACCUUGUACCUUAUCAUGGAGUACGCCAGUGGCGGUGAAGUGUUUGACUACCUCGUAGCCCAUGGGAGAAUGAAGGAAAAGGAGGCGCGAGCUAAAUUUCGGCAGAUCGUGUCUGCUGUUCACUACUGUCAUCAGAAGAACAUUGUUCACAGGGACCUGAAGGCGGAGAACCUCCUGCUCGAUGCAGACUCAAACAUCAAGAUUGCGGACUUUGGUUUCAGUAACGAGUUCACGCUGGGCAAUAAGCUGGACACGUUCUGUGGCAGCCCCCCAUAUGCUGCUCCUGAACUCUUCCAGGGGAAGAAGUACGAUGGGCCCGAGGUGGACAUCUGGAGCCUGGGAGUUAUCCUUUACACGCUGGUCAGCGGAUCACUGCCAUUUGAUGGACAGAACCUUAAGGAGUUGCGUGAGCGGGUGUUGAGAGGAAAAUAUCGAGUGCCGUUCUACAUGUCCACUGACUGCGAGGGCAUCCUGCGCAGGUUCCUGGUGCUUAACCCCACCAAGCGCUGCACUCUGGAGCAAAUCAUGAAGGAUAAGUGGAUGAAUGUUGGACAUGAGGGCGAUGAGCUGAAGCCACAUGUAGAGCCUGUUGAAAACUACAAUGAUCCUGACCGGAUAGAUGUAAUGAUAGGCAUGGGUUAUUCCCGUGAGGAGAUCAGGGAAGCUUUGACCACACAGAAGUACAACGAGAUCACUGCUACCUACCUGCUGCUGGGCCGCAAGAGUGAGGAUGGCAGUGAGUCCAGGUCAAGCAGUAGUUUGUCUCUGGCACGAGUCCGGCCCAGUCCUAUAACCAACGGUACCAGUAAACACUCAUCCACCUCUACAUCCAGCUCUGCCUCAGCUUCAACCUCAACCCACAGCAAGACCCAACGCAGUGCCUCCACCUACCACCGCCAGAGGAGACACAGUGACUUCUGUGGUCCUGCAGUGCCGACAGCUCACCCUAAACGCAGCCCCACCAGUGCAGGCGACUCGGAUUUGAAGGAGGAGCGGUUAACUACACGGAAGACUAGCUGCAGUGUGGUGGGCAGCCGUAGUAUUCCCCCUUCCAGCCCCAUGGUUAGCACUGCCAAUAACCCCAACAAGUCAGAGAUCCCUGACCGCCGCAAGGAAGUUACUGUAACCACGAACAACAUCCCAGCAAGUGCCAUGACCCGCAGAAACACAUAUGUAUGUACAGACCGCUCCAGCACUGAUCGACACUCCUUACUACAGAACGGCAAAGAGAACAGCUCACUUUCACACCGGUUACCUCCAGCCUCCCCCUCCACCCACAGCAUCGCCGGGGCAGGAGUAGCCUCUUCGUCCUCAGCCGAGCGUUCCCGCCUGACCCGGGGAUCCACCGUCCGCAGCACCUUCCACGGGGGCCAGCUCAGAGAACGCCGGACCCCCACCCAUGCCCCGCCCACCUCUCCUACCCUAUCCCACGAUGCUAGCCCCCUGCCCCACGCACGCAGCCGAGCCACCUCCAACCUCUUCAGUAAACUCACCUCUAAGCUCACGCGCAGGGUCAAUCUUGACCCCUCUAAGCGUCAGAACUCAAACAAGUCCGUCUCGGGCUGCCCUCUACCACACGGAUCGAAAACAGUUAGGUCACAGACGAACCUGAGAGAGUCUGCAGAUCUCCGGUCACAAGCCCCAGAAGCAAAAAGUCAGGUUAAAAAUACCAGUCGCCAUUUAUCUGGGCAUCAAAAAGCGGCAGAGCCCCGGACCCCCCGAUGCGGCUGGGAUGUGAGAGUUCGGAGUCCACGGGAUCCUGCGGAGGUGGUGCUGGCGCUGCGGGAGGCUGCGCAGGGCUGUGGUUGUCAGGUGCAUCAGGCCGGGCCCUUUCUUCUGUCCUGCACGCACGGUGCUGCCGGCUCCAGAGUGGCGUUCGAAGCCGAGGUGUGCCACCUGCCCGCCGGCCCCACUGAGACCAGCGGCGUUCGCUUCAGACGUCUGUGGGGGGCACCGCUUGCCUUCCGGGACAUCGCCACCAAAGUGUCCAAAGAGCUGGAACUCUAAGGGCUGAGGAGGAGGUGGAGGAAAUGGGCAAAUGGGACAGAAUGAAUGAGAAUGUGGGGUUGGAACUUGAAACCAGGGAUGAAAAUGUGCAAUUGAUUUAAUGAUCCUGAUUCUUUAUGUUAUGUUAGAAUAUUUUGGUCUGUUUAAGUCAGUUAUUCUAAAUUUCUUAAAUUUGACUUGAGCUGAUAAAACAGCUGCAGAAAAUACCAGUAAUACACUACUUUUUAUGAGCCAAGUAUUCAUGUGAACAUUAUAGUAAAAAAAAAAAAUCAAUACAUUUUAUAUCUAAUCCAAUUAUCUUGUCAUAUGUCGUCACUGUGUAUCUAUGGUUUUACCUUUUUUUUUUUUUUUUUACUUUUUGACAUAAUUUGAACCUGUCUGUUGUAUUUGUCAGUUACAUUAUAAAUGGACUAGUAGAAAUGCUCCCAUAUUUUACUUCCAUUUAAAGUUACGUUGCUGUUUUAAAAAAAUAAGCAUUUUGCACAACAGGGAUGAUAUAAUAUAAUACAAUACAAUAAGAUUUGAUCAAUGCAUCUUUACAUCCCUGGUAAGAACCUCCUUCUCCACAAAUCUGAAGCCCACCCUCCACCUCCUCUAAGCCCAAACAGACUCUGAAACUGAUUCUGCCCAAAGCCCACCCCCCACCUCCUCUCUAAGCCCAAACAGACUCUGAUACACACCCAAAUGCGGAGAGCCUUGUGCCUGCCAUACACACAAACACACACACACAAACACACAUCCUGCUGAGAGAACUCCCCAUUUCCUUGCUGACUUUUACCAGGUGUUUCAGCAAAGUUUUUUUUUUCCAGACACACCAAAAGGUCUCAGCCUUUCACAUUAUUUCCUUUAAUCAGCUGCUAUUUUGUUCAUUCCUCAUUUACUUACUUACACCUAGCAGAAGAAUCUGACUUUAUAAUUAGUACAGAUGUAGUGAAGAGCUGCGUUCUGCGGAUUCUUCUGUGUAUUUUUUCUUUUUUUUGUGUUAACAUUCUUCCAGAUGAACAGCCUCCUAUCUACAGGUGUAGGAGCUGUCCAGCAGGAAUAAAAGCAGUCCAAAGCUGUGCUGGAGAAAGGCAACGGCUGAUUUUCUGAGCCGCUAACAUUGUGUAGCCUUUUUUUUCUCUUUCCUGCGUUUCAGCAGUUGCUUUACUUUAAUCUCUUGAAUUAAUUUGUUCUUCAUUGUCAUUCAGUAGCACUUUAGGGUUGAGUUAGACACCACCUCUGAACUGUAAAAUGGUACAACAAACCUGUCGAGCCAAGUCAAAGCGACAGCGUUCUGCUUGUCUACUGUGAGUAUUAGCGCUGGUGAGAGAGGCCACUGUCACAUGGCCAAAAGAGGACCCUGCUAAAUGGACACAAGACUGCUUACUGUUUACCACUGAAUGGUUACAGAAAAUCGUGACCUUACAGAAGACAGCAGCUCUUUCCAGCAGAGCUCCCUGCACUGUGCGGAACGGAUUAGUACAGCAUUUGUAUGAAACCCUGGAAUGUGCAAGUCUAGCUGUAGCCUUUAAGUCAUCUAGCAGUCGUAAAUGUACUAUUUUUGAUAAUGUGACAAGAAGUGUCGGGGUGCUAAAACAUGUCUGCCAAAUUCUCCUGUGAUGCUUUUUCUCAGUACUGUUUCUGGUAAAUGACUUUUGUUUGUAAGUUUAGCUCCAAAGGCCCCUUUAAAAAACACUGUCAUGGUUACUGUUCGAAAUGGCUCAUUCUAGUGAUGUUAGGAUAUUGUAGAGAUGAGCUAACCACCAGAUAUCCUUCAUUAAAUCCUGUAUAAAGGAUAAUUAUAGCUGUACUGUUCCUAUAAGCACCGUUCUGGAUUUGCUAAGGCACAAGGGCUAUCUGUAGAGAUGUAUGCACCAAGAUAUAAUUGAAAAAAGUUUUAUUUGCAAAAAAAUGGAAAAUUGUUAUUGUUUUACUCUGAGACACGACCACAUCAAUUCUGAAUUCUGUAUAAAUUGUUUGUUACUAUAUCUAAAAUUGCAUCCCAAAAAUAUGGUGUCUUAAAAAAGGGGACAUUAACACCAGUUAUUUCUUCUCUGUUACAGUAAAAUCUGUCUGUAUGGUUGAAAUGGAAUUGAAUUGAACUAAACCGAAUUGAACUUGAAUUUAUUUGAUCUGAAUCUUUGAUUUGCGAAUAUUAAAAAAAGUAUUUGUCUAUUGUGGAUCACAACUGUAUAAGUUCUAAAUUCUGUAUGAACAAGUUACUCUAUUAGAAUUUGCACCUUAGAUUUUGGUGUUAAGAAAAACAUAAGGACACUAGCAACAGUUCUGUUCCAGUGCUUCACUUUUCAGUCUAUACUGGUUAUACUGAAUCGAAUUGGACUAAACAGAAUAGAACCCGAAUUGAACCUAAAUUGAAUUGAUCUAAAGCACUCUAUUCUGAGACACAAAUGUACAACUAUAAUAAGUUCUGUAUAAAUAAGUCAUUAAUGUAUUUUGAAUUUGCGUCCUAGAAUUUGGUGUCUGAAAAAGGUGAAAACAGUAACACUAGUUCUGUAUUUAUUGUAUUUUUAUAACAGUAAAAUAUGGAUUUACUUCACCUCUCAAUGUAUACUGGUCGUAUUGCAUUGAAUUAAAUUGGGCUGAAACAAAUUAAAUCUAAAUGUUAUUGACUAACAUUGGGGAAAAAAUUAAUUGUUUUAUUGUGAGCCACAACUGUAUAAAUUCAGAAUUCUAUAUGAUUGAUUGGCUACUAGAUCUGAGUUUGCAUCCUAGGAUUUGGUGUUUGGACACUAAUGCCAGUUCUGUCUUUCUUGUAUCUCUGUUACAGUAAAAUCUGGAUUCACUUCACCUCUCAAUAUAUACUGAUGAUAUUGAAUUGAAUUGACCUGAAUCUUUCUAGCUGUAAACGCCAUUAUGCCUUUAAAAACUGUACAAUGGAUCUGUUCACCUAGCUGCAUCACAGAAUGUACCUAGGUUCUCUUGACUCCUGUUUUAUAAUCUAAAUCCAUUCCAUCCAUUCUGUCUUCUACAUUGAUGACUUUUUGGCACCUUUUCGACUCAGAUUGACAGUGUGAACUCAAAAUGCAUAACCUCUGGCUUCUGUAUCUAGGUGACCAUGCUUAUUUUUCAUUUCACUUUAUAGCUCAUAACAGAUGUUUUGACUAAUUAAAGCCUGUCUGUGGUUCCAGCCUGUGAGGGAAGUGAACAUACCAGCAGAGCAGCCCAGGUUAUUGGUGUAAAGGGAUUUGUCCGCUGCAGAGUUAGUCAAGUAAAGCCAAACAAACAUGGAUGUAAUGAGUGUUUCUGCUGAUGACCCUGGUAAUGAAAGCUAGGACCUUGAAAAGGUUGCUCAGAUUCAGCAGAAUGUGUGUAUUUGUGUCAGUGGAGAGGGUCAGUGAGUGAAUGUUGUCUGUUUUUGAGAAGCAAAAAAUGACUGUUGCUUUUGGUUUGUCAUUGGUUUAUAACAUGUUAAUAUAGUCAGAUUUGCAUCGGUCCAAAAACUGUUACAGUUACAGUAAAAUAAUACUGUCAGCUGGGCACAUAGUAGAGAAGUGGCGUGCAAUGACACCAGAAUAGGAUGUUGCCUUAGUUAUCCUGACCAAAAAUAGGCAUUUUCACACCUUUCAACUAAGAAAAAAAAAGCAACAUUUCAUGCACACUCAAGUUUUGCUCAAUGUUUAUGCAAUUUCCCAUGGGAUAAUGAAACAUUCUAGAGGAGAUGUCCUUCAUUAGGGUUCAUGUUCUGAGAUAAACCACCACAUGCUGUCUCCUCCGCUCCUGCAAAGCUAACUGACUACUUAAAUAUGUAUAAUUCUGUAAAAAAAAAAAAAAAAGUAAAUUAUGAUUGAAUUUAGUUUUUUUUUUUUUUUUUUUGGACGUUUCAGCUAUUUUUUGCCUUUAAAUGUAUGGAAAGGGGAACAUUUGAAGUGAUGGAAGAAUAAACUCGCUGAGUUUGAA